UUUCAAAAAACACCGAAGUGCUCGUUCUUUUGUAAUCACCAUUUGUCGUCGAUGAAAAAGUAGUGUGCCAAAUCGACACGUUCUUCCGGAAUAAAAAAUACUUCGUUUGUGGAUUUUAUGAGCAAGACAGUUGUAGCAACAAUGGCAAGUUCUCAGCAAAACAAAGGUCACUUCCACAUGUACAAGAACAAGGCGCUGGGCCUGGAGGAGCUGCGCAAACGGAGAGAAGAAGAAGGCGUUCAGCUACGCAAGCAGAAACGGGAAGAGCAGCUUUUCAAGAGGCGAAAUGUAGACAUUGUACUGGAGACUGAAGCGUCCCUUCAAGACAACAUAAUCACCUCUACGCAGGGUUUUGUCAGUCCGGACAUGGUUCAAGCCCUCAUGAGUGAAGACGUCACCCAGCAAUUGGCUGCUACACAAAAGUUUAGAAAACUACUCUCUAAAGAGCCCAACCCUCCCAUCGAUGAGGUCAUCCACACUGGAAUCGUACCCCGAUUUGUUGAAUUUCUACAAAACGAUAGCAACAGCACCUUGCAGUUUGAGGCAGCCUGGGUGCUAACCAAUAUAGCAUCGGGAACCUCGCUGCAGACCCGGUGCGUCAUAGAGGCGGGCGCCGUGCCACUAUUCAUCCAGUUACUCAACUCAGAAUUUGAAGAUGUACAAGAACAGGCUGUCUGGGCACUAGGCAACAUUGCAGGCGACUGUCCCGACUGCCGAGAUUUUGUUAUCGAUAAUGGAAUCAUCAUGCCACUAUUGCAAUUACUGGCUAAAUCCAACAAGCUGUCCAUGACAAGAAACGCUGUCUGGGCGCUGUCCAACCUCUGUAGAGGAAAGAACCCUCCACCGAACUUUGAUAAGGUCAAGACAUGCCUGCCGGUCCUGUCCCGUCUAUUAUUCCACAGUGACCACGACGUCUUGGCCGAUGCAUGCUGGGCCCUCUCUUACCUCUCGGACGGACCCAACGAGAAGAUUCAGGCUGUCAUCGACAGCGGGGUCUGUCGGAGACUAGUGGAACUCCUCAUGAAUGCCUCACAGAGCGUUGUGUCCGCUGCCCUACGAGCCGUUGGAAAUAUUGUCACAGGCGAUGACAUCCAAACACAGAUCAUCUUGAAUUGUUCAGCCCUGCCAUACCUCUUGCACCUGUUGAGUAGCCAAAAGGAAUCCAUCAGGAAAGAAGCCUGCUGGACAAUAUCCAACAUCACCGCUGGCAAUAGACAGCAGAUCCAGUGCGUCAUUGAUGCCAACAUCAUACCCACUCUAAUAGACGUCCUAGGAAAGGCGGAGUUCAAGACAAGGAAGGAGGCAGCUUGGGCAAUCACCAACGCCACAUCAGGAGGCAGCCCUGAACAGAUAAGAUUCAUCGUUGAGCACAACUGCAUCCCACCGCUGUGCGAACUCCUCAACGUCAUGGAUGCCAAGAUUGUCCACGUGGCCCUCAACGGUCUGGAGAACAUCCUGAAACUAGGCGACCAAGACGUCAAGAACAAUCUCACCCAGCAGAACCAGUAUGCUCUUGUUGUUGAACAUUGUCAAGGUGUGGACAAGAUAGAAUUCCUACAAUCCCACGCCAACCAGGAGAUCUACCAGAAGGCCUUUGACAUCAUCGACCGUUACUUCAGCACCGAGGAGGAGGACAGCAAGCUGGCCCCCAAGAUUGCCGAGAACGCCCAGGUCUUUGAGUUUGGCCCGCCCCAGGAGAACAUCGAGGAUCUGCAGUUCUGAACGGACGUGCACAAGCCCAUAUGCCAGAGAGAAUCGGUGUGGAGUCUACUGUGAGAACGUUACCGUGAAGUUAUGUGGUCCAGUGCGAAAGAGGUACCUUAAGUGGAUGUUGGGUAAACUCAAAAGUCUCAAAGUUGUCGAUAAAACUGAGUAUGAGAUUUCUUCUUCAGCAUCGGUUUGGUACAUCUUUCUCUUUGUAAGCUUCAUUUGGUCGUAUUUAAUGAAAUAUACUCCAUUGUGGUUCUAUCAAAGCCCACAAAAGUCUCCAUCUGUUCCUGUACAAUCAACCACUUCAGCGUGUAAUGCCUUGAUUUCUCCUCAAAAUAUUUACAAUGUGAGAGACCAAGUAUAGAGAGCAUUUUGUUAGCAUGAUGAAUACGUGAUUCAAGGACUGGCAUUUUCCCAAAUAAUCAGGGUUUUAAAUGGAGAAAAAAAAACGUGUCAGUGUUGAGUUGCAAGUUGUUAAUCGGAAUGAUACCUGGAUGCCUUGUUUGUAAUAAAAGUGAACUUUAAAGAAACCAGAUAAUGUUGUAAUUAUCCUGAAUGGGGUGGAAUCUUCGCGACUUCAAGCAAUCAGUGUGUUAAAAACAUAUAAUCCAAGUGGUACAUUUGUGUUUUGGGAAUGAAGUGUGCGAAUGAAUGACUGUGGAUGAGACAUGCUGCUGAGAGAGUGGGUGGGAGGCAGUGACAAGCAGAGUGACAGAAGGGUGGACGGACAGAGUGAGAGAGAGGGGGAGAAAAAUGAGUGUUGAGAAUUCUGUGAGAGAGUGUGGAGAGAAUCUCUACGUACAUACACAUGCACAAGUUCUUAACGAUGCUAACUCCUGACUUCCGUAAUUUUGUUUCACUAGUGGCCUUGAAUACUCGCAUAACCAGACUUCCCAUGUGCACUUGGCCAUCAGCAAGACUACAAUGCAUCACUGUUUGACAAUUGUCAAAAGUGGGCGCUGUCCAGGGCAGAGGUUCCACAUGCCUGUACAGCCCCUUUAAUCUAUUUUGGCAUUAAUGCUUCAACCUUCAAUACCUUUAGGCUGAUCAUUUUUCGUGCAGAAUUUAUGUUGUUAAUUUUGCAAACGGUGGAAUAAUUCCUGCUCUGUAAACUGCAACAAACCAUUCUAGGCAGUUUGAGGAGUUUGGGCAGGCCGUUUUGGGGCAUUUUCAGGACUGAAAAGGAUAAAAUAUUGCCCACCUUCUGUAAAAGUAAACAGUAAGAAAAAAAAAUGCAACACGUUAGUCUUUUCCACUUGAGACUAACCUAUUUGAUUUCGUAUCAUGAGAUGCUAGUGUAUCUGAAACAAAAUUUGAGAGAUUUUUCUACAAUACUUGUAGCUUUGUUAUAUACCUGCAGUGUCAAUUUUAUGAUGCUGAUGAUUUGCUGAUUUUCCUGCAUUGUGAAAAGUUAAAUCUCUGAAAUUGUGAGAGAGACCUUUUUUUACGAAGAUGAUUUCAUACAAAUGCUGCUUUAGGGAUUGAACUGGUAUGUGCGCGGAAAGAGAGUUUAUAAGAAAUCUAAAUAAAAAAUUAUAAAAAAAAAAAAAAAUAACAAAUUGGAAGCGAGAGAACUGUUGAUGAGAGAAAGAAAGGUAAUAAAUUACAGUAAAAAAAAAAAGUGGAAAAAAAACAUAUUUUAAAAACCAGAAAAAAAAUUGAAAAAAAUAAUAAAAAAACAAUUAUGAAUAUUCAACAGUGUGUGAUGUAGGGAGUUGAGUUGGAGGAGUUUUUAUGAUGCGGGUCAAACCAGCUUUUUUUGAGCGAUUGUAUGUUUUGUUGGUUUUUUUGGUAAGUGUAUGUGUGUCAUAAUGCUGUAUAACAGUGUGUUGUGCAUUUUAUGUAGGAAAAUAAAAACACAAAGAGAACUGGUCUAUAGAUGUUUGAAAUUUGCGUCAAUAGCUCGAGGGUUAUGGCACGUUGUCAGUGUAUACAUGGAAUAUUUUCCCAGUGAUUUAUUUUGAUAUGGUAUGCGUAUAUUGCACUGAUGCAGAGGUGCAUAUAUGGAUAUUGCCCUGAAGAUAUUGCCCUGCAGAUAUUGCUCUGCAGCAUUGCGCAAGGGGAAAUAUAGUGCCAGAUCUGUUUCUGUUAGCCUGGAUGCAUACAUGUAGGUUUUCUGAUCGAUACAUAAUAUUGCCCUGGUGUGUGUAUAUUACCCAGUGUUUUAAGUUGAGGGAUGUUGCCCUAGUUGGUAAUAUUGCCCAGUGGAAUAUAUUUCCCCAUCGGUGUGUUGCCAAUGAUGAAGGCCCAUUGCCACAUACAUGUACAUACAUGUACAUUCAUACUGUAACAUUGGAAGUGUAUACAUGUACAGUAAUAGCAUAUUGGGCUUGCCAUAAAGCCUUCCGUACUGUUCUGGCAAUGGUUCAAGUACCUGUAUAAAUAUUGCACUGGUGGGGCAUGACUAUCACCUGUGCUAUAUUGCCCCUUAGAUGAAACAUAUUGCCCCCCUAGAUGAAACAUAUUCCCUUGAUAAUGGAAAGAGUAUUGUGAAGAAGUGAAUAAGGUUAUUUGAAGAGAAAAAAGAGUGCUGCGUGGAAUGGUUGAAUAAUUUCAAUAGGAGGAUUUAUUUUCUUCUUUUUGUUAUUUAGAACUGUCAAAUUCUUUAAGAGGAUAUUUCCCAGGCAUAUUUUACCCUUGAUUGUCUGAAUUUCAACUUUAGUUGCCUGUUUCAAUCUGUCAUGUCCAACCUACGUAUUUUCUGUGUACCAGAUUCUAAAAAAAAAAUGGCUCCCAACCAAAUUAACAGAAACAUAUUGAUAAGCUUGGCGAGAUAAGAAAUGGUGUAUCAAACUGUUUCAAGUAAAUUGGUGAAGGUUUUAGCCAAGCAAUAGUUUUCUGCUUACAGGUAUUUCGCCUUGAAGGCCCAGUCAAGUUAAGUCUACAUGUACCUCCAUGUUUUUUUUCUUUCUAAAUAGCCGUCAUUUUCUUUGAAUCGAUUUUGCCUGAAAUAAUCCAUUUGGACAGUGUGUGCAAAUCCUUUCAAAGCUUUGUUUUUCAUCUUGAACGUUUUUCAAAGUACUUCAAAUUCAAUGCCCUGGGAGUUUUGUUUGAGAAGUUUGUCCUCUGUUAAUCCAGAUUCCAGAUUUUACAGAAAUGUUAUCACUAGUGUUUUGGUAUCAUGAUUGAUAAACCGUUGAAUCUUAUUCAUUUUUUUGUUUGCCCUCUUAUCACACAGGGAUACAACAAACUCUGUGAUUGGUCUAUAUUAGUCAUUUCUAUUUAGAACUACCGGUAUACUGCUGACCAAUCAAAAGCUUCUUUUUUCAUAAAGUAUACUCAUUUGAAUUUCGAGCAAGGUCAGUCUUUGCUGUGAAAUGGCCCAAUGCAGUGAUUCGUUCAUUUGUUUGUUCUGUCUUGUUAUUGUUUUCUAUUAAUGAGUAUACCAGGGCUGCGCUCUGAUUGGGCAAAUUUGUUCUGGAGAAAAAUUCAUUAGGUUUAAUUCACCAUUUCACAUGCCUUUUUUUUUCACUGUUGUUUUUGAUGAAAUUUGAAUCUGCCACAGCGUUCUUUGUUAGGAUGUAUAUAGGAAAAUUGUUCAUAUUCCUUCAUCCUUGAGGCAAAAAUGAAGAAAAAAAAUGUCAUGCUCUCAAACUGAAAAUUUUGUCUCUGUUUGCAAAAGGUGACACUUUGUGGCAAGAAGACAAUAUUUUUUGUCACAAAUUCUGGGAUCUCUUUUGAAAUGUUUUAUACACCAUCGUUUGGAGUCAUAUUUGGAAUUCGCGAGUCGUUUCCGUUAUACGGAACAUCUUUUUUUUCUUCAAAUAUUUCAAGGAUUUUGAAGGAGUUGUAUGUAUUUGGGAUGCCAAAUUUUUUGGUUGAGUUAAAAGUUUGACGACCAGUGACCAGCCUAUCCAAAAUUUGGUUUGGGCAAAGAAAAACAAAUUUUUGAGUAGUCAAUGUACUUUCGUUGGGAUUUUGUUUAAAUACUUUAAUCACUCAACUGGUUUGAGUGAAAUAUCAAAAAAGGGGAAAAAAUACGAAAUUUGAAAUCGAGGUAACAGAAAUUUAUGUUAGUGUGGCUGGUCACAAAAUUAUACGUACGUAGCAUAGAACAUAACAGGCUGUAUUUACCUAGAAUAAAUGUUAUAUGAUAUGUGCAAAAUUUAUGUACAGACAACAACAAAAACAUGCAAACAUAAGUUUAAAAAAAAAUAUGAAACAUGUCUACAAACUUUGAGCAAUUGUAUGCCACUUGAUACACAUGUUGAAUAUAUACAUACCAAGUACUUGCUAUUUGUACAUACUAAAAUAUUAUUACAUUUCACAUCAUGAAAUGACAAACUUUUUAUUUUUUACAAGAAAACAAAGAAAAAAACCAAAACAUGCCUACAUGCAUUUAAAUAUAUUGUUACAAAAAAAAGAAACGAGUGCAAGAUAUUAUUAAAAAAUUGAAAUUGUUAGAUAUUAUAAAAACAUUAGAUUGCCAUAACAUGACAACAUCAUAGAACAUUUUAUAAAAAUUUGCAAUAUUUUGGCAUAUAAGUCUUUUUUUUUUUUUUUGUACCAUCGACUAUAUACAUGUAACACGCCACUUAACACGACUUGAAAUACAAAAAAAAUAAACAAAAAGUGUGUGUCAUUAAUUUUUUUUUCCUCGUAUUUUGUUUCCAUCUGGGCCAGAAUACUUUUUUUAACUUUCUUGAAUUGAAACAUGAUCCUAUGCAAGUCUCGUUUCAGAAUUGUAUUUCAGUCACCAGCAUCUUUGUGUAGGUAAAUGAUAAAAAAAAAUAACAAAGUAGGACUAAAAAAUGUGAUGAGGGAAUUCUGAUCUUUAAACUCGCAACUUGUACCUCUAAUUCCAUGUAACAUCUUAUUCAUGUCUCUUCAGCUCAGGAAAAUAUUUAGAGAACAAUAUUUAGUUAUUUCGGAAAUUACAAAAAAAACAAUGGAAAAAAGUCAUUAAUAUUGUAUGGAAAUGUUUAUUUUUAUUACCGGGUAUAGCCCUUCGGCAAAUUCCAAUAUUAAAAUCAGUUAUCAUUUCAAUUCAGGUAUAAAUUAGAAAUUCGA